GCAGCAUCUCACAGCAACUUCAGUAGAGAUGGCACCCAAUCUCGCACAAGCGUUUGAAAAAAUCGAUGCCGCACACCGAGAAGAUCCCAACAAAGUCGAGAUCGAUGGACAAACCAUAGCGUACGAAUUGCACUAUGCGCAAAAGAUGACCAAGUUUUUGGAGUUGCACAGCCCCGACGUCAGUCCACUGGUAGCUACAGCAGCACGAGCUCAACAUUUUCGUCGGUGGGAAGUGCCGCGGGAUUCAUACCCGCGCACCAAACCCGGGUAUUUUGCUUGGAGGACGUUCCUCAAAAAACGACAGGCGGAGCAGGUCAAGCAGUUGUGUUUGGAGUGUGGUUACAGUGAAGCCGAGGCCGACAAGGUUGCGGCUUUGAUUGCGAAAGAGGACCUGAAGAAGGGAGAAGGGAAGGGGAAUUCGGAUGCUCAGAUCAUUGAGGAUGUCGCGUGCUUGGUGUUUCUGGAUGAUCAAUUUGAUGAUUUUGAAAAGGAACAUGACGAAGAGAAGAUUAUCUCGAUCUUACAGAAAACAUGGGUCAAGAUGGGCAAACGUGGCCAGGAGCUCGCGCUUCAGAUGGAUCUGAGUGAUCGAGCUAAGGAGCUGGUGGGCAAGGCACUGUCUGGCUAGCCACCGAGACACAACCAGGAUGUGACGUCUAAGGACCUCGAUGGUCUGCUCCACCGUGUUACUACUUGCCGCCGACGAUGGUCAGGAACUUGUGUCAUCAUAUCUGGGUGAAGAAGGUUCAACGAUUCGACGGUUUGGGUGGGUGGCUGAGACAGGAUGCCACACACAUGUCCAGUCGCUCAACAAUAUGACAAGAAGACGACAUCGCAUGAUUAUACAACUUAUCAACUCAACUAUGCCAUGAGCAGCAUCCAGACAUCCCAGCUCCAACAUGCUGGCUCUCAAACCCAGUCACUAACAGGUGUUGAGACCUAACUCCUCAAAUACCCUUCAUUGCACCCUGCAUGGUUUUAACAGGAGAAAGAGUCAUAGCAACAAUGACAUGAUGGACGAUGGUAAAGAAAGCAUCUCAAUCCAUGUACAUAACUGAACAAGGAUAUAAGGUACCUAUGAAGUCUCA